CUACGAAGGAAAUGUGUGCUAGGUAUUCCUCGGUCUUGACUACGGUUUGUUCAUAUACGCCAACGUAAUAUCACCCAUUACUGGUGACCUUGUACUCGUCCAUACCAGCCUAUUGCUUGCUUUUGGUCUGCUGCUACCAUGGUCAAAAAGAAGAAUAAGCCAAGAGCGAAGACGCAUCCGAAAGCGAAGGGACCGCCGCCACAACACAUACGCCAAAGAUUUGGCCCGGCCAGUAACAGUAGUGAUUCGCCUUUUGCUCGUUCCCAUGGCUAUACCCUUGCAGAAGAAGCUAGGAAUACGGCUAGCAACCGUCGUGGGUUUCGUGGCCGCGAUGCCAAGCUAAGAUACCAACCAGUCCUCUUCAUUUCUUCGGGAGUCAUGGACCCCCUUAAAGACUUUGAAAUACCCAAACAUUCCAGUCUACCAGUACAAGAGAAAGCAGUAAGCUCUAUCUAUGAUCAGAGCAAUAGCUUGGCUUCAAAUGCCGUCGAACCUGAAGUCUCGCCCAUCCAGUCGCCGGUCAUUGAUCGGGUAGCUGAGCCCAAGUCCUCUCAGCUUCAAUAUGAGCACCCAGCGGCGCAAUCAGAUGUCGAUUCGGACUCAAGCGAGGAGGUCAUCUUGUUCAAGGGUCGAGAUGCCGCUCGUCAACAACAGAAAACUUUCCCGUCAAGACCUACUAGCAGCAUGGUCGAGAAAGCUAGAGCCGCUUCGCCGCAGGAGGUGAGCCUGGACUUCAGAGUAGUCAGAGAAAUCGUGGAUGUUACCAUCUCCUCCAGCCCAGGUUCUCAUGAGCCAGAUUUCAUAUCCCUGAAACCGGAUCGCAGCAGAUCUAUAUCCUCCCAUAGACACCGCCUGAACAGGAACUCGGACGAGGAUGAUGAAGAAGCUGCCAUUAUCGCCGACUAUAUCGCUAACAUGCAGGAUGAUUUUGAUGAUGACGAAGAUGAUCACUUAGAAGAUGUCACACAUCCUGGUCUUGGCUCCUAUUCCUUCAACAUACUACGUGAUCUGGGUGGUACGGAUAGCCAUGCCUUCUCAAGUCAGCCCUCUAGCGAAGGUGACUCAGAAGAUGAGAUGGAUGAUGACGGGGAAGAAGAAGACAGAAAUCCUCAACUUAAGUCCGAAGAUGAGCGCCUAGCACAUAUGCCUGCUAAACAAGAAGAGUUGGGUCUCGGUGGAAGUGAUGUCAUGCUUUUGGAUGGCGCCGAUGCCGACGAUGGAUGGAUGGCUGCCACGGGUAUGCCUCGCCGUAAGUCGAAACGUGGGUCCAAGAAAUCUAGGAUGUUCCAGGGAGGCAGUCAGUUUCCGAACGCCACGAAGAUGGCCGAGGCAUUUGAUGAACUAGAUCUCAUGGACAUGCAAAGCUCUCGUUUACAAAAAUCAAAGAAAGGCCCUAUUUCCUUCGGCUUAUCAGACUCAGAGUUAGAAGACGCCUUAAACGCUGCCAUCAAAAAAGAUCGCCUUAAGAAGGCAGACAAGAAGAAGGCUCGUGAGGAACUUCGGUCACAAGGUCUGCUGGGCAAGAACGUCAAUCCUCACGAUCUUCGAGUUAAGUAUCAGGGAGGCAUGUCCCUCGAUGACUUGGCUGAUGAAAUUGAGGUGUUCAUGUUGAGCACCCGAGAACAGCUCAUCCUGCCGCCCUUCGACAAAGGGGCUCGUAAAAUUGUCCACACCAUUGCCAAUACCUUCAAUAUCAAAUCCAAAUCAGCUGGCGCGGGAAGUGGCAGGUACCCCGUCCUCUACCGCUCUAAAGCCACGUUGCCAUAUGAUCAAGACUUGUUCGAGCAAGCUUUUAGCCGCGUGAGACGCACAUGGUUUCCGCGUGUAGAUGUAGACGAGAAGGUAGUCCAUGCGGCUCGUGUCCUCAAGCGAGCUGAACCCCGUGCUGGCAAAUCAAAAGCUGGCAGAUCGUCGCUUAUUCUCCGCGAGGGAGACAUCGUCGGGCAGCAUGCCUCUGAAAUUGGUAUCGAAAACAAGGGCAGAGCCAUGCUGGAGAAGAUGGGCUGGAGCAAGGGCAUGUCCCUAGGCACAGUUGAAACUCAAGGCAUUACCGUGCCUUUGACACACGUCAUCAAGAAAACAAAGGCUGGUCUGGGCGAUAUCUGAUCUAUGUACGACUUUAUUUUAACAUCAUCGUUACUAUCGCCAGACGAGAAUCUAUGCCGUUCCCCCAGGGUGGAAGCAACUCUUGUACACAUGUUCGAGAGUCUGCAUUUGAUUCUUGCCCCAUUGUGUUAUUGCCAUGUUCCAUAUUCUUGUCACGAGACUACAUGAAUACAUAGAUAGAGGGGGCGUCCUACGCAGAUGGUACAGAUAGUGAUAACAGAACAGUGUAGAAAUCACCUGUAUCGAAAACUCAUGUCCCGGCUAGCCGAGAAAUAUAAGAUACUGCGUUACAACACUGAACAUUUAUAUCCUAGCCACAUGGUGACGUCGUAGUAGCAUUCCGUACAAA